UGGCAGUUACCGUGGGGGGAAAAAAUCAUAAAAAUGUGGGAGUAUUUCAAGUUGAACAGAAAGCAUCUGCAUCUGCUGGGAUCAUGAGGAAGAUGAAGUCACCCUGGGGAGCCUUUGUGGGAAGAGGCAACAAAUGGGAGAAAAUGGCUGGGGAAAACACAAGGAUGCUGCCCAAGACUGCGCACAAGGAGAGCACAAAGCAGGAAGCGAAGAGCAGCAAGAAACUGAAAACCAUGGCUGGCAAAUUGCUAAAGGCCGUGGCUAGUGGAAAGGAGGCAGUGGAGGAGAAGGCUGAUGGUGAGGAUGUGGCAGGGAGUUUGCUGAAGAUAGCAACCAUAUGGAAAGAAGCAGAGGGAGAGAUGCCUGCAGAGGAAACCAUCUGUGGAUUAAUCGAGCAAGGAAGAUUUUUUGAAGCUUGUGAUCGUAUUUAUGAUCUGGAGCAUUCUGGAAAUGAUGGUGUGGGAAAAUCUGAAUCACUUUAUACAAUACUGGCUGAACAAAUGUGGGCUGUGGUGGGAGAAGCUCUCAGUGGAAAUGGAGAGAUGUUCCUGGAGCUGUUGCAAUCAGUGGGGGAAUCGCUGAAGUGGGAGAAGCAGAAGGAAGCCGAGUGGCUUGGAAGUGGCCAAGAGACGGAGUCUGUUUCCACCUGGAGUCCAAACUUCUGGAGGAAAGAUCUGGAGGAAAAACUAAUACAGUACAUGACGGCCCAGAUUCCUCCCUUUGGUUCCUCUGGUAACACAGAUGAGACUGCAGUAAAACAGCAUCUGAGUCAGCUGGAAACGACGUUUCUUCCCAGCCUGGAGCACAGAAGUGUUUUCUUCAAGGAAGCAGGACUGCUCGCCACCUACGCCCGCUGCUGUGAUGCUUCUUUGUCUUCUCACCUUUCCACCCUCACUGAGAGUAAACAUUUCAGUUUCAGCCAAUGUCUUUUAGUUUAUGAAUGGGGCCUUAAAAUUUACAAAAGUGGCAGCGAGACAUGUCUGAGACCCAGGCAGUCCCCCCAGCACAGCCUUUCCCCUGGCGCACAGUGUCUCCUGUGGAUUAUUUUGAAGACUGAGGAAAAGUUACUUGCAGUUGCCCGGGAGGAAAUAGGGAAAGCCCUGAAAGAUGCCUUUGAUAUUGGGAAAUCCCCUUGUGCGGAUGCUGCAGUCAUUGAGAUACUAAGAGAGAAGACAGAGGCUGCCCGGUGUGUCAGUGAGAGCCUGAGCGAGAAGGUGGAAGCUGUGUACCUGGAGGAGUGCCUGAGGUUCCUGGAGAGCUAUGAAAAUGAAGUAAGAAGCUUUAUCCAGCAAGAUGGCUGCCUGGGGAUCUGCAGCAGCUUACGAAUCCUGGAGAACUGCUGCAUUCUCAGGGCUGUCUGGCAUAAGCUAACAUACAUGUGCAGUGCCAGCACUGGUCAGGAUGUUAAAGUAAAUGGAUUCCUAGACAGGAUGGAAGAUGAGAUUACGGAGCAUUUUCUGCAGACAACCACUUCUAAAGUCAAGGGAACACUGAAAGAACACUUCAAAAAGUGUGACAGUGGUUUUGACAACAUCCUUGAAUCCCUAAAGCAAAGCUUUUUGGCAUUUGGGAAGAAAAAAACAAACAUGUAUGAGGCCCUUGUCAAGGCUGUCCACAUCGUCGUCAUUUCAGAAUAUAUGCAGACUCUUCUGACCACUUUCAGGAAACCAUCUUCUGUGAAGAGGAGGAGGAUAGUCAGCAAGAUAGAAGAAGAUCACAGGAUGCUGCAAACCAUCUUUAAAGAGUGCUUAGGUCCCUCAGCUAGUCCCCUCAAGGAUCCUAUAAAAGCAAUUUUAGAACUUAUUCAAACUUCUGAUGCUGAGGGGAUGAAAAUAGCCCUUCUGCCUGUUCUCAAAGAAUUUCCUGAUCUAAGGAAGGAACAUCUGAGUGCAGUGCUGGAUUUGAAAGACUCGCUCAGCCGAGGAGAUCGAGCUGCUCUCUUGAAGGCAUUUCAUGAUAACUGCAGGGAAUCAGAAACAGAAGAAAACUUGCUUUUUGCAGAUAUAGAAGUAAAACCUAGAAAAUAUGGACUCUGUGGCUGCCUGUGCUGUUAGCUAAGGCCUCCUGUGAGAAACAUGAGGCAGCUCUCCCACAUGGCAGCAUCUGCAAUCACAGCUUCUUGAAAGCUUCAGGGACCUGCACAGCUGGAUGCAUGGAGAAGCCUGACAGUUAUGAAAGACACGACUCCUGCACUUUUGCAGAAAAAUCAUGUGGCUCAAAUCCUAAUCUUCUAUGCAAAUUCUAGGCAGAAGAUGAGUAGGAUAUGGCAAAAAGAUAUUCCUUCAAAAUUUACUGGAGAUUGCCAGUUACCUGAGUCCUGGUGGUUCUUCCCAGGAUCUGGCAUGGUGGUGUGUGGAGGAGGAGAAAGGUACCCCCUCACCAAAGUUCUCUUUCCAUCCCUUGUUUCAUGCAAUCUCCUGUGAAACCAUGGACUGCUUCACCACAGAGUGUCCUAGCAGAUGACGUGGCAACACCACCUCUCCAAGGGACCCAAGACCCUCCGUUAUGGAAUACUAUGGUGCCAGUGGUGCCUAAGGGUUUGGGCACCACGAUCCACCCCCCCUGAAGCCAGACUUGCAUCAGGAGGGCAUACAGACAGAGCUUCCUCUCCCCUUGUUCCCCAGAUACAGAGGCUGUGACCAGCUUUGGGGGCAAACUGCUGUGGCACUGGCUGUGGGACAGGAAGCUCUUCCCAUAUGAACUUUACAGCUGGCUGUGGAGCAGAGUCUUGCAUUCAUUUUUAUACCUCAGUUAUUGGAAAUUUCCUCUUGGAGAGGGAGGAGAAAGCCUCAUGGGAAGCAGGCAGUGAAAGGAGCUGUUUGUCCCAGCCUCUGGGCAAGGUCUGUGCUGUUUUCAGAUGUAAAUAGGCAGUUCCGACUGAUUUUCUUCCCAGUUAUCUAUGGACUGGUCACAACCUCCGAGUUGGAUUUGGUUCAAGGCCCUUCUUUGCUAAUGUGUUAAUAUAGGCCAUUGCAGCUCCUCUCUGGAUGUGUAAGCGAGCAAAAAAAAAUCCUGCUACCUCAGACGUGCCAAUGCUUUUCUGAGUGGCUAUUCCCCCUCAAAUCUGCUUCUCUAACAGGAAAAGGGGCAAACUUGUGCAUAACCUGUGUGUGUGUGAAGCUGGGGACCCUGGGAAGGCGCAGAGCUGGGUGGGUGCUGCCAUGCUGUGUGGUGCUGUGCCUUCACCCCAGGGGUGUGGGUAUCCUGGCCCACAGGCAGCUUGUGCACUCAGGGCCCUUCCUGCAGAUAGGGUCUUGAGAGCUUGACAGGAGCCAGGGCAGGUUUAUAGUUGCCAUGAGCUUUACUCCUGGCACAGCACUGAGCAUGGAGUGAGUGGCAGAGAAGUGGGAAGGAACAGGCUGCUCCAUCUCCAGGGAGUCCUCCAUGGGCUUUCAGGGCAUCGUGAGACCUCGCCAUCAAUAAACUCCAUCUCUUGCAUUACUAAAGGGCAGUGAGAAUGUCCUGUGGCCUGCCUGCCCCGCCUGACCACAUGACUACUUCAAAGGUCCAGCUCCUGUGUCCCUUGCACUUCAUAGCUGUCCACUGCAGCUUCAGUGAGACCUUUUCUGGGAUGUGGGAAGGCUGGGGGAAACCCGCGGAGCUGCAGCCUCAGAGGUCGGGCUGUGGGGCUGGGUGGAUGCCUGCCCUCCAAAGGGUGACAGCCCUGCCAGUCACCCUCCCCUCCCACGUAAUUGCACGUUUUCUUCAAGGGCAGGAAGGGAUGAUGGCCCUGACUGCAACAGCAGGGUCUCUGCUGAUGGGGACAUCAAGCAGUGAGCAUCCUGGAGAAAGCAAGUAAAAGCCCCUCUGACAUUUCCGUCAUGACCAGGCUAAAAAUAAAUCCACAGCAUGUGGGUGGCUCUUGCCAUGUACAGUUGAUGGCAGUGUGUGACUCUGCCAUUUGACAUUUGGAGUCAGACAAGGGUGUAUUCUGCUCACAAGCAGCAUCUGGGAGCUAUGGGGGGCACCAGGCUUGGUGCUGCAGAUGAGGUGGCUGAGGGCAAACCCUACACCAUCACGGCUACUGCUAUGACUGUCAUCACUGGGCAGACAGGGAGAGGCAGCACCUCCUGCUCUGUGUGUGUCCAUGGACAAGCGGCACUUUCAACAAGGUUUCUUAGUGUCAAGUUUCUCCACCUGAUGCAGAGCAUCCACUCAUGGACAGGGCAA